UUGCGCAACUCAUGACUCAAUUUGUGUGAGAGUGUGGAUGGUUUAUGAUUAUUGUUGAGCAAGCAUUGCUCUUUUGAAUUGACCAUCAUGGCAGAGCUCCUUCUUGAUCCUGACAUCAGGAUAUGGGUGUUUUUGCCAAUAGUAGUGCUUACAUUUUUAAUUGGUAUUGUUAGACAUUACUUGUCUAUUCUCAUAUCAUCACCAAAGAAAAUUGAGCUUCAGCAAAUGCAAGAUAGUCAAGCAUUGAUCCGGGCUCGCCUGCUCAGGGAAAAUGGAAAGUAUCUACCUCAGCAGGGUUUUGCGAUGAGGAAGCAUUUCUUCAAUAAUGAAGAUGUUGGGUUUUUCAAGACGCAGAAGCGGGCACCCGUCGCUCAGAAUCCGAUGACGGACCCCAACAUGAUGACGGAGAUGCUGAAGGGCAACCUCACGAACGUGCUGCCCAUGAUCCUGAUCGGCGGCUGGAUCAACUGGACGUUCUCAGGAUUUGUCACAACGAAGGUGCCGUUUCCGUUGACGCUGCGUUUCAAGCCGAUGCUGCAGCGUGGUAUCGAGCUGCUGUCUCUGGAUGCCGCCUGGGUAUCGUCGGCCUCCUGGUACUUCCUGAACGUGUUCGGCCUGCGCAGUAUCUACGCGCUGGUGCUCGGCGAGAACAACGCCGCCGACCAGGCGCGCCUGAUGGCCGAGCAGAUGCAGGGCCCGGCCGCCGCCAUGCCUCAGGACCCCAAGGCUGCCUUCAAGGCCGAGUGGGAGGCACUCGAGGUGUGUGAACACCGCUGGGCGCUGCGACACGCUGAGACCGAGCUGCUCGGGCCGGGCCUCACUCAGGGGGAGACCAUCUACCACCAGAACAUGGUGUCCUAGGGAGCGGGUGGACCGAUCGGGGCGAUGGACCCGACAGGGGAGGGGCUCGGGGCACGUAGAAUAGAGUUGUGUGUAUUUGCACUCGUGUGUUCGGUACAGUCGUGAUGUGAGGACGAUUGGCAUGCGGUGCAAUGUUAUCGAUAAAUUAUUUGACGGAUGAAUUACUCACUUGGUCUACCUUCUGACCUUUCCAUAUGCAACAAUAAGCGGUAUCUAAGAUAAUAGUCUGUUAGGGACUCAUGGUUCCAUCUGCCUUUGGCCGGGAAUGACAAAGUUUAACAGGCCUUGCAAAGCACCGGCUCAAUUAAGGCCGAUUAAGUUAGCAGCGGAACAAUCAUGGUAUCGUUUGUUUUCCAUCAUUGCUAGAUGCUUGGUUUGUGUGCUGCAAAUGGCGUCCUAUUAAAUGAUCUUUUAAAUGUGUUAAUAAAAUGUAUUAUGGUAUCA